CUGACGCAGAAGGAAGAUGCCAUUGAGGAGCUCAGCAGGAUUCCUGCUGCUCUUGCUCUCUCAGUGCACUGUGUCCCUGGGCACCAAAGAGGCAGUGGUCCUGGCUAAUGCCCACCUCCUCCCCCAGAGUGACUAUGAGAGACUGGGAAACGCCCAUGAGAAAGACUAUCCAAGGGAUUGUUUUGAGAUUUUAAAGCACUCCAGAGGAAAUUCCAGGGAUGGCCUUUACAUCAUCCAACCGAAAGAGGAACCAAUUGUUGUCUUCUGUAACAUGCAGGAUGGCGGCUGGACAGUAAUCCAGCACAUUACAGCCAACAGCACUGUCGACUUUGACAGGACCUGGCAGGACUACAAAUAUGGAUUUGGCUCUGUUCAUGAGAACCACUGGUUAGGAAAUGAAUACAUGCAUCAGUUAACAGGCAGCUCAGUGCAAUAUAUACUUGGGGUUAAACUUGUAAAUCUAAAUGCUGAAGUCAAAUGGGGACAGUAUGAGCCAUUCCUGAUUGAGGGGGAAGAGUCUCAAUAUCGGAUCAGGGUUGGUCUUUACAAAGGCAACGCCACUGAUGCGCUGACCCUGGACACAGAAGCUUACCUCCAUGACAACCAGAAGUUCACCACCAAGGACAGAGACAACGACAAUUACUUUAUGAAUUGUGCUAAGCUGGAGCUCAAUGGCAUUCCCGGGGGAGGCUGGUGGUACGACGCAUGCGCUGGAGCAAACCUAAACCGCAGGAACGCGAUCUACUGGCAAAAAGACUGCAGCAAGCAACAGCCCUGCAAGUUUGCAUGGAUGAUGGUCAAACCCAUCGAGCACCACCAGUCGUACCCUGCCAAGGCCUGCCCCUGUCAGAAAGUUGAACUGUAGACAAGCCACGUGUAUUUGACAGGAACAGGGACUCUCUCAAGUGACUGAAGUGAACUCACUGACUGAGUAAUAACCCUAAGUAACCACGAGCGGAAAUUUAAAUUGGGCCUCUCUAAGGGCCUUAUGUUGACAUAUUGUCCAGUACUGGAACAUGUCACAGAAAUUUGCCAGCCACACAAGUGAGAAACUGUCAGAAACUGAGGCCUUUACCACAAGAUUUAAAUGACCAGAAGAUUUAAGUAAUUAAUUUUAUACUAUUUUAGCCAUAAGACAAGUCCGAUAUGAAAUCCAGGCUAAGAUGUCUUGUACAAUAUAUACAUGAAUAAAAAUGCAUUUCAGAAGGUUUUGCUCUGGUGUCAAUGUUCAUGA